AUGGAUGAAAUAGAUACUUCGCCUUUGCUAGAAGGCGGCGCUAUCAGACACAAAUACCCGGCGCCGGUCUCUCGCGCUACUUAUUCUCGUGUUGGCGCUUCUUCGCAAUAUGACCGAGAUUUCGACCAUGAUGAAUUCGAGAUGCGUUCUGUUGAACCGUCGUCUGUUUUGCACAAGUCUGCUUUUAGACCGCCGCCUGCUUAUGAUCAUGGCAUGUCUGCUUUUCACGAAGAGAUAGAUGAACCGGAGCCAGAACCUAUGCCACUGCCAGGGCCCAGCUCAGCCAUGCAGUCGCCACGCCUCGAGAAUAGUCGUCUCAUUCCACGCCUGUCGCAAAGACUGAGUAUGCGACGACCUACCAAUGUUCGCUCAGCAAUCAAUAACAAACGCGAUUUGAGACACUCAAAUUCAAUACUAUCAUCAGCCAGUCCGUUGACUCCUUCGGGCGUCCUGUCGUUUUGGCCAGUAAAGAAUAAGCAGCCCGCAAAUAAUCAAGAGCUCGAGAAUCUAAAUGAAGAGGAUUUUGUCACAGUCGACAUUUCGUUCUUAGAGGGGCCGGAUAGUGAUGUUGCUCGACAUCAGGAUGCGUUUCCUUAUUCUAGCAGCAUCGGAAACAAUGCGCAUCAACGAUCGGAGUCGACUCCCAAACCAGACGAGGUGGUUGUACAACAUACCGCGCGAGAAUACGGACAGCAACUCGCUAAUCAGAAGAAUAUGAUCGUUUCCGUCAAGGAAGCUGCUGUUGCUCCAGUUGUUGAUCUGAGUAGUCUGGAGGGAACCGAACGUCGCUCAACUUAUAGAGUAGCUUCUUCACUUGACGAAGAAACAAGUUUCUUCUAUCCGACGGACCCUGAGAAACCGAAUUGGAAACCAUUCUCAAUGACAGCGCCUUAUUUGCUCAUGCUCAUCACCGUUUCUUUAGGACUGGCAGGCGUGCAGGAAUAUCUCUAUCAACAAUCGAAAUCUCUCGAAUCAAAAGGAAAAGGCCUUAUUCAGUUCAACGAUGUAGCCGAAAUUCCAACUGCUCAGUUCUUUGCAUGGAAAUAUCUCCCAACCAUGGUGAUGGUGACGUACGGUGUGUUGUGGCAGAUCAUGGAGUACAACGUCAAAAGACUCGAACCAUAUUACCAACUGUCCCAACCAACAGGUAACAUUGCCUCGAAAUCACUCAACCUCGACUACACCACACUAUUCAGCUAUUUCGUGCCGUACAAGGCUGUGCGGAACCGUCACUGGACGGUUCUGGUGGCAUCCCUCGGAGCCGUCCUAGCAACCACAGCAGCACCGUCCUUGCAAAAUGCCUCGGUCAUGCCAAUCCAAAACCCAAACUGUCCAGAUAAAAAGUGCACAUCAUCAGACCAAUUCCUGUACUUUGUGCAUAUCGACGCGGCUUGGUCGAGAUUAGUCACGAUUUGUCUUGCAUUGGUAGCUGUCAUGGCACUGGUGUUAAUAUUCCAGCUUCGACGGAAAUCCGGCUUGCUGAGUGAUCCCAAGGGUAUCGCAGGGAUCGCAUCCAUGGCAACCAAAUCUCAUAUUCUGAACGAUUUCCAGGGCAUGGACACUGCCACGGAUAACGACAUACACAAACGACUACGGCAUCGUCGUUAUGUGCUGUACAAAUCGAGUAUCUGGCAGGGAGAGCAUAUUAAAUACACCGAAGAACACGCCGUCCAACCCUUCUCUACCGCUUCUCCGCAUCCGAUUGCGCUUCGUCGUAUACCCGGCAUUGUGUUUUUGAUUUACUUGACUUUCCUCGUCGCUGCUAUCCCCGUCGUGACGUAUACAAACGCAAACGUGGUCGCAGUUAAACUUCCCUGGUUACCUGUAUUGUUGGCUGUAAUCGCAAAACAGAUUUGGACUGCGCUGGAGUUUGCGAUCAAAAUGUUGGAACCAUUCUAUGCUCUGUCGCAGGGUAAUGCAAGACCCGAGAACACACUCACGCUCGAUUACCAGGGUACCCCCUAUGGUGUCCUACCGUUCCAGGCGAUGCUGAAUAAACACUAUCUCGUCUCGCUGAUUGGUGUCGGAUCGAUUCUUAGCGACGUAUUAACAGUGACAUCCGCCUCGCUAUCCAUCAAAGACGAAACCGAGGAGUCCUUCAUGACCUCAUCCGCAAUCUCAACAGUCGUCGUAUUCUUCCUACUCUGCUCCGCGGCAUUGGCCCUAGUCUGUCGACGACACUAUUUCGUCCCUCGACCGCCAUCGACGAUCGCUUCGAUUCUGGCGUUUGUGCAUCAGUCCCACAUGCUAGACGAUUUUGUGAAUACGGAGCGGUUUAGUAGUGACCAGAUGAGGUCUAUGCUUGUGUCGAAGAAUAAGAGGUAUGGACUUGGUUGGUUUCGCGGUAGAGAUGGGAAGUUGCAUUGUGGAGUUGAUGAAGAGCCUAUGUUGAGUAGGUAUGUGCAUGGGAUCAGUUAUAAGGAUGCGCAGGCCGCGCCUUUGGCGGAUUUUUAG